AUGAUUCAGUACACGCUCCAUGGAGAAAUCUUGCUAGAGCUGAAGCACCACGCACAUCGGUCGAGUCAGCAUUUGACACAGAAUCUUCAAUAUCCAAUAGCGUUUCAAGAGGCCCAAGUUCAUCCGUCAUUGUCACUUCUGACUGGCUUGGAAGCCCCACCCACUUCCGCUUGUCAACCGUCUGAAGAGAUGGAGCUCUUAAAAGCUAAGGUUAGACAAUUUCAAGAACAGCUGUCUCAGGUAACUGAGAAGACUUCUGGUUUUCCUUCUUUGACCUCUAUGUCGACCGCAAACAUAGAAACAACAUCCUCAUCAUUAGCUGGAACCCUGUCGGUUCAUUGUGAUAGCAGCAUGGUUGGCGAAGCCCGGGCCAUUAGUGGAAGUGUUUUCCGUAAAAAUCAUCUAUUCGGCCAGAGCCUUUGGAUCAACGGAGCUGAGCAGUUCCUUCGAGAUGUUCUAGAUUUCGUCGAGCCGCAUAUACAACAUAGCUGCGAGGAAUCCUCCAGCAUGAAAAGGUGUAAGCGUUUAGCUAAGGUCAUAGCUGAUAUUCUUGUCGCCUGUUAUCUGAGGACAACAGAGACUGUCUAUCGUAUACUGCAUGUCCCAACAUUCAGAAAGGACUAUGAAGCAGUGUGGGCGGCUGGAUUAACGCCCGAUACGGCAUCCCUGGUCCAACUCAAGCUAGUUCUUGCAAUCGGGGCUGCCACAUACGAUAACUUUGAUACCGAGCCACCUGGUAAUUUCAAUGAUGAUCAACUAAUGGUUGGGGAUGCCGUGCCGGCGCCGGAAGAUACAUUUGCCCUUCGUGCGACAUUUCCGAUUCGGUUGAUGAUCACUGAGUUCUUGAAUAAUUUCGGAUCCUGUGGUACCUAUGAGGAAACACUUCGCCUUGGUGAAUCUCUGAGGGCAGUAGUAUAUAAUGAACUGUGCCAGAACCUCCAAAGACAUAUCUCAAGAGCAGGCCUUUCCCCCUCCCGAUUUCAAACCCAGGUAGUAGAUUUCAUCAUGAUUCAUUAUAUGUCGGCUCUCCACGUUCCGUUCUUCAUUCCCGCACUGCACGAAACCACUUAUACAUUAUCUCGGAAAGUAGUGAUAGAAACGUCUCUUAAAAUUUGGCGUGCAGUGUGGCCGUCCUCGCGACUCAUACCUACCCUACCCCAUGACAAUGCUACACUGCGACUAGAUGAAGACGACCUGGUACGACUCACGAUAUCUGGAUCUGAAUUCUUUGGCGCUGCCACUAUGCAGGCUGGCCUUAUGGCGGCAACAGAACUCAUGUCCCAGCUGCAAGGGGCAAGUGGCCUGAGUCCAGCACCUUUGCGGUCCGACCUUCUUGCUGCAAUAAACAUGGUCUUCAAGGUGCAUUGA